CAAGUGGAUAAUUAUCCAAGUCGGUUGGUAAACUGUUCAGGUCUUUCUUCUCUUAAUCCAGUCUUUGUUGACAUCAAUAUCGCAAAAUGAGGAAAGGGGACCAGAAGACAGCAAACCGGAAGAAGAUGGAGCAGAGAAAACAAGGGACCUAAUAGAGGAAAAAUCUUAUGAUAACAGUAAUGGUGGUAGUGAUUUGACAAGUUUAGGUGGUAUCAUAAGGAGAAAAGUCAGUGAUCAGUUAAAUAGUGAAACAUUUGAAAGAGCGCCGGUAGAUCAAAGACAAUCUUGUCAAACCGCUAGGGCUAUGGAACUGGAACAAAGGUGCAAUGACAAUGUGCCGGACGGUGGAUGGGGGUGGAUUGUGACUAUUGCAUGUUGGUCUUGAUAAUUGACGGAAUCUCGUUUUCGUUCGGGAUUUUCUACAAAGAGCUCCUGCUACACUUUCAAGAGAGUAAGAGUCUCACUUCCUUGAUUAUCUCCGUGCUAAACGGAACCUUCCUCGGCAUAAGCGCCGGAGCUAUGGGACAGGAACGUUAUUGCUAUGAAAACGCACCGGACGGAGGAUGGGGAUGGGUAGUGACUUUUGCAGCGUUUAUGGUGGGCGUGAUUUUGGACGGGAUCUCGUACUCGUUCGGAAUUUUCUACAUUGAGCUGCUUCAACACUUCCAGGAGAGCAAGAGUCUCACUUCCUUAAUAAUCUCUGUGCUAAAUGGAACCUACCUUGGUAUAGAUCCUAUAGCGAGUAUCCUGGUGGCAGUGUAUGGAUACCGAACCGUGGCCAUCUUCGGAGCCUGCCUUGCUUCCGUCUCAUUCUUCCUGUGUACGUUUUCCCCCAACGUUCGCAUCAUGAUCCUCGUAUAUGGCCUACUGGGAGGUGCGGGUCUGGGGCUGGUGUACCUCCCGGCAAUCGUUUCCGUUGGCCACUAUUUCAAGAAAAAGCGUGCCCUCGCCACCGGAAUUGCCGUAUGCGGAAGUGGCAUCGGCGCCUUCGGAUUUGCGCCGCUAAGCGAGUUCCUUAUAAAGAAAUACACGUGGAAGGGUGCCAUGAUGAUCAUGUCUGCCAUUGUGCUCAACUUGGUACCUAUAGCCGCCCUCCUACGACCCCUCGAGGACUCGCGUUCUUACUCUAAGCGAAUGCAGGAUAGUGUGAGAAAUAAAUCAUCGCCUGCAAAGAAGUGUUGUGACUUUGAUAUCUCGUCCACGUUCAAUUUCGAGUUACUUAAAAGCCCAACAUUUCUUGUAUUUGGAAUGUCUUCCUUUAUUGAUACUCUUGGAUCUUUCAUACCGUUUAUAUACAUUCCGGAUCUACUGAACGACAAAGGUAUGACGUCAUUGCAAGGUGCGAUGAUCAUUGCCAUAAUCGGCAUAACUAACACGGUGGUUCGUGUGUUUGUCGGCUGGUUGGCGGACCGACCCUGGGCCGACGCUAUCAUAAUCAAAGGUGUUGCUCUUGUGAUAGGGGGCGUUGCCACCAUGUUCGCACCCAUGUAUACUGUUUUCAGCGGAAUGGUGACUUACGCCGUCGUUUUCGGGAUCAGUGUUGCGGUGAUAGUAUCUUACCAAUCUAUUAUCCUGGCUGAGUUGCUGGGUAUAGAGAAACUGACGUCUUCUUUCGGGCUCCUUACAAUGUGCAAGGGGAUAUCAGCCAUUAUAGGAGCACCCAUAGCAGGCGCGUUGUCGGACGAGGCGGGCGACUACAAAGGAGCAUUUUAUCUGGCUGGAAUCACAAUUGCUUUUUCCGGUGUCAUCUCCUUCCCGCUUCGCGCAAUAAACCGCUGGGAGAAACGGCGGGAAAAGGAACGUAACAACAAGAUAAACGGGAACGAGUUCACCUCCGACAUUGAGAUCCAGAUCACAUCAACAAGUCGUGAGGCACUUCGGGUAUAACGUGCGAAAGAGAAAUUUGGAUUAACAACAAAUGUCGAUGACCUUUAUUACAAUUUCGUCUGAAGUAAACGUUGGAUUCCCCUUUUGAUGCUCUUACUCUUAUACAUCAUUCUCCCUGAAUGUCAAUUAUUAACUCUUGCGUCAAUAUAAUAUAUUAAAGUGUUUAAGAUAUUUUCCCUAUGUGAGAUUUGUAUUAUCUUUAAAAAUAACUUUUAUGUGCAUGUAAUUAAUUGUUGGAAAGUUGGUGGAAUCAUUUUGUUUUCACUUUCAGCCAUGAAAGCUCAAAGAACAUUUGACAUAAUGUAUAUCUAAAUUUUGUUUUUGUGCUGUUUGUUUUGCAUGUUUCUGUUUGACCGGACACAUAAUAUGUAUCAUGUGCUUCCGAUUCGGAUGAAAACGUCAAACCAGGGCAACUGCGUGAGCCAGCAACGAAGUUUGCCGACGCCUUCUUAUUUUAGAUCAUUAUUGACGUCAAACAUUUUAUAUUUAAAUCGAUUUUGCGAUGGUGUUUUUAUUUCUAAUUAAGUCAUCAGCAUGUAUAAAUAUCUAUUGAUGUACUCUUAAUUAAAAUUAAAGAAUAUAAGUACGAUAAAUUAAAAAGUAAACAUUAUAAUAGCGGGGCGCGAUGUUGUCGUCUGACUUUUCUAAUACGGCAAAAUUCACCGGAAAUACCUUUCUGGCACACCGGACAUGGAUAAAUCUUAAACCACUACCCGUCCUGAAUGCAGUAAGAAAAGUCUUAUGCGCGUUUUGGUAAAAUGUACAGAACAUGCGUUAUCUUCAAUUUUUACACAAAUAGAUUUGAAAUAUGCCAUAAAAAGGCCAACCAUGUGUUUACUGUUCGGAUCGAAGAGGGCACGUUUGUAAACUGAAAACCAGGACCGAAAAUGCACAUGAUAUAUAGUAUUGAUCUGGGAGUUUUCGUUGUGUACUAAAAUGACUAUAUAAGCUGUCAUCAUUUAAUUACUCUUAUCCUUCACUGUCUUCAUGAUGAUACUGGACCAAGUAAGGCUUAUAUUUUUAUUUUUGCAAUUAUUCUUGAAUGUGAGGUUGUGUAUAAAUAAAACAAUUUAAAUCCG